AUGUCAUCUGAAUUGGAUAAGAAAUUAUGCUAAAAGCACAAAUUAGAGAUUUUGACGAUAGAUUUAAAAUAAUCUACUGCUGAUGAGGAUAAAUAUCUUUGCAUCAAGUGUUUAAUGGAGAAAAUUGAUAUUUAAAACAUGGCUUUGGUUGAAGAGACAAAAAUAAUGAUUAAGCAAAUGAAAAGUGAGUAAUUGAACAGUAAAAUCAAAGAGUAUUAAAGAAAGAUCGAAAACUUUAAAUAAAUUCAAACCUAAGUAAAAGAAUUGAGAUUUUCAAUCAACAACACCUUAGAUAAAGUUUAGUGUAACUUAGAUUAAAAAAUAAAUCUUAUGGAGAAAGAGCUAGAAGAAUCGGAAUCCAAAACCUAAAUUACUUCUUUUGAGGAAGAUGUUAAAGUUUUAUCAAAGAAUUACAAAGGAUCAUUUAGUUUUGAAGUUCCUAAGGAAUUCCAGAAAUCAAUGGAUAAUAAUUCUUAUAUAGAUUCUGUAUAAUAGUAAUUGUAAUCUAUAAUAAAAUGUCCUAUUUUCAACUAAAUCAACGAAUCUUUAGAAAGCACAAAGGUGGAAGAAGACCAUAAAGAAAUAAAGUAAAUCUAAUCUCUCUCAAAAAAGGAGGAAAAUCCAUUAGUAAUUAUUAUUAUAUUAUACAUUAAUAGAAAACACCAAGCUUGAAUAUUUAAUGUAAUAAACAUGGAAAAGAAAUUAUCAUGUUAAACUUAAAUCCUGAAAAAACUAAACUUUCAAGAUAGGCUUGUGUCGAAUGUAUAUAAUCAAAUGAUCCAAUUAAAUAUACAACUUUAAGUGAUGCAAAUUUUAAGUGGAAUGAAUAUUUGGGAUAAACUAGUGAUCAAAUUAAACAAUUUAAGGAUUUAAGAUGUUUUAAAUAAAGAUAAAUAAUUGAAACUCUUGAAGAAAUUAAAGAAAAGUAUAAUUCUUCAAUUUCAGACAUUAUAAAUAGGGUAAACACUCAAUAUUCAAUGUUUUCUCAACAUGAGUCUAAUGAAUUUAAUGAAAAUAUGAUCUAUUAAAUGAAUGCUGAAUAAAUUAAUGAGUUAUCUGAAAUAUUAAGCUAGAAAGAUAAAUUUUAAGCUUUAACUGAGAAACAAUUUAAUAUAUAGAAGGAAGACUUUAAUUAAAUGGAAAUAAUUUCAACUAAUUUUCAAAAAUUAUUAUAAAAUGAUAUAUUUGCACACAACAAGAUUAAUAAAAUUAUCAAUGAAUAAAAUUCUAAUAUUGCUGAAAUCAAUGGUUAAAAAAGUGAAUUUUUUCAAGAGGAAAAUCACAUUUCUAAUUAAUAAUCAAUUUAAUAAUUAAACUUAUAACUUCAUCAUUUAUAAAUAUAUUAAGAUAUUUUGAAUGAAGCAUAAAAUUAGUAUGAAUUUCUUAUGAAAACAAUAAGUAACUUAUCAAUAGAAUUUAAAGAUAUAUAAUUGUAGCAAGUAUAGCUCUAUUACUAAAAAUUAGUUUAAUCAAUACGUGUCUAAGAUUGAAAAGGAUUUUUCAAUAAUGAAGAAACUAACAAAUUUUGAUAAAGUUGAGGCUGAACUCAAAUAGAAUUAGUAAGAUAAUUAAUAAUUGUAAAAUCAACUAACAGAAAGUGAAAAGACCAACUUAUCGAACUAAUAAACAAUAAUUGAACUUAAAUAAAAGGAUAAAGAUUAGAUAUAAAUAAUAUAAGAUUUAAGAAAUGAAAAGGAAGUAUUACGAGUAAAAGUAAAAGAACUUGAAUAAUAAAGUAAAAAUGAAAUUUUAUUAAAUAGAAAGUGAAUUUUUAGUUAAUCUUAAAGAAAAACAAGGAUAGUUGGAAAGAUUUUAAAAGUCAAAUGAAAAAAAUGAAGAAAUAGUUAAAUAAUUAUAACAAACUUUGGUAUAAGUAAAAUCUAAUAUUGAAGUAGGAAUAGUAAUUCACUUAAUAAUUGACAUUUUCAACAACUUAUAAACAUAAUAAUUGUUAAGUAACUUAAAAUGGAAAAGUUAUUGAGAAUAAUU